AUGGAGAUGCAGCUGCAGCUGCUAGAAAGCCUCGUGGUGCUGCAGCACUACGACGGGGUGUACAUACACGGCAAGCUGCUGCCGGCGCUCCUGGCGCGGCUGCCGAAGCCAGCAGCAGCUGCUGCUCUCAGGCGCACUGGAGACAAAAGGCUUCAAGUGUACGCGCGCCUGCUGAAGUGUCUCAGCAGCUUUCCUGCUGCAUCUCCCGUGUCUGCGGAUUUGCUGCGGGCCAUAAUAGAAGGGCUUCCUGCUGCAGUGACAUUUUCUUCUUGCAUGGAUGCCGCAGCAGACGCCAUUGCUGCUCUGCACCAGCUAGAGUGCUUCGACUACAGCAGCUUCUCAGCAGCAGAAGCUGCGCUGCUGCGAGACCGGCGGCAGACGCUGCAGCAGCUGCGACCUGCCCACAUUCAGGCCCUGCGCAAAGCCUAUGAGGCCUUUAAGGAGCACGAGGAGGGAGAUGAGAACGCGUGGGAAGAGCUGCUGUUGUUCCUGCGGCGGGUUGAGUCCGCUCUGGAGCGGGCCGGCGUGCUCGAGCCAAGUGACUCGCAGCAGCAGCAGCAGCAGCAACAAGAGCAGCAGCAGCAGCAGCAGCAGCCGCAAGAGCAGCGGCAGCAGCAGCAGCAGAGCGUGGUGGUCCACACGUACUCGAGCUCUCGGGGCCACCAGUCAGAGGAAGUGCCUCUGACCCGAGGCAAAAGCCUAGAGAGCCUUAGGGGGCAAAAUUUUUAA